UGACAGCGUGAUUCUGAUUCGGAUUAUUUAAUUUGUGUUCACAUGUUCACAUCGUGACGUGCAUUUUCCUAGAUAGCAACAGAGCCACGUUAACCAUUUAGGGUAUAAAAUCGGUUGAGAACAUUGCAUUGAUUAGUUGGCAUGAAUUUGUUGACUUUCUGGAACUGCAUUUCUCUCCUCUUUUUGGUUUUUGCUUUCUUCUUCUAUUCUCGCACUUAUUCAUCAACUCCUUCUUUCAUGGCUGAACAAUCUUCCAAAUCCAUUUACGACUUCACUGUCAAGGACAUCCGUGGAAAUGAUGUGAGUCUGAAUGAUUACAGUGGGAAGGUUAUACUGAUUGUGAAUGUUGCCUCACAAUGUGGUUUGACACAGACAAACUACAAAGAAUUGAAUGUAUUGUACGACAAGUACAAGAAUCAAGGAUUUGAAAUCUUGGCAUUUCCGUGCAACCAGUUUGCUGGACAGGAGCCAGGAAACAAUGAAGAAAUUCAGGAAGUUGUUUGCACUAGGUUCAAAGCUGAAUUUCCUAUCUUUGAUAAGGUUGAAGUCAAUGGCAAGAAUGCAGCUCCCCUUUACAAGUUUUUGAAAGAGCAGAAAGGAGGAAUAUUUGGAGAUGGUAUCAAGUGGAACUUCACAAAGUUCUUAGUAAACAAAGAAGGGAAGGUUGUGGAGAGAUAUGCACCUACCACCUCACCUUUGAAAAUCGAGAAAGACAUUGAGAAGCUCUUGCAGUCUUGAGUGCUAAAGAUUUGAUUAUAUAGAACAUAUAAUGUUGCACAGGAAAUAGGUAAUUUGUCCAGUGCUUUCGAAGGACAAGUAGCAACUAUGCAACUAUAUAUGUAUAUCAUCAAUGAAUAUGUAUCCUGGAAAAGUUUCAAUAUAUCUACUUGUGUAUUUGGAUUGUUCAAUAAGCAUGAAUUGGAGUUAUCAGUCUGUUGUCAAAACCAUUAGAUAUUGGAUGCAUAUUUACGUUAUUAUUCUGCAUGAUCCAUAUUCCAUUGAUUAUAUAAUAUAUAGCUUCAGAUUAUGCAA